UUCAUGUCCACCUUCUCUCACCAUGUCACUCACCUACUUAGGACUAUCAAACGCAACUUUUCCGUUACUCAAUCUCUCCACCCCAUCCUUCACCACACCAGACCCAUAUCUGCAUUUAGAAAACACCGGAGUCUUCAGGAUAUUUUGGUUAGAUCACUUUUUUCCAACAAUAAACCAACCCCUUCUCUCCCUUACAGUCACUUUUACAAAGCAAGGAAAUUCAUUUACAACCCUUAAACAAAAAAGAAAUAUCCCAUUCUAGGUUCCCCUUCCCAUCAGACCACCAACGCAGUUUAUGCUAUCACCUGCAACCUAUGCAAUAAAAUCUACUUUGGAGAGAUAGAGCAUUCCAUUUAUACACGACUUACACAACACUUAUAUAACAUUGGGAAGGGCCGUCUGAACACCCACCUGGUGCAACACUUCCAAUCACAUCCUGCAAACCACCUAUCAAUAACUUUCCAGAGAUGCAGAACAUGAACAGGUUCAUGCAGACGGGGUUAAAAACAACAGGCUGAUUAACUGAAACAAAUUUACUCUGAGACGUAAAAUAUUUUUUUUUCUCCCAGGUCACAAGACUUCUUAAUCAAGACACACUUAAUCAAGACUCUGAACUCUGUCAAUCAUCACACCUCAUAUCACAUUUAUUACUUGUUUGUACUGGAUACAGCAUGUUUAUAUCUCUUUAUCUUUGCACAUUGAACUCUUGUCUCUGCAGAUCAACCUCUGAGUUUCCUCAUAUUACAGUAACAAGAUUUUCAAGUUUCUAAGGACGCAGUUUCCUGAUACAGUGCUGCCAAACCUCCUGCAUAGGGCAGUAUUGGUCGACUGGUUUUGAUGAAGGCAGGAAGUGUGUGAAGGCAGCAGCAUGGAUCAGGGGGACGACGAGACCGUUCCUCCAGAACAGAGGAGAGCACGAGAAGCUCAGAGCAGUCAGCUUCAAACAUGUGACGAUGUGACGCCUGAGGACCAGGAUGACUCCAGGGAAGUGAUGAUCUCCAGGAGUGACAGCUAUACUGUAAAAAGGUGGUUGAAGGCCACUUUGAAGAAUUUGGACUCCAGUGGGCUGAAGGACUUCAAGUGGUACCUAAAUAAUGCAGAUGAAUCAAAGGAUGGUUUCAAACCGAUCGAACUGUAUUAUCUGGAAAAGGCGGACCCGUUGGACACAGGAAACCUGAUGGUGCAGCGGUACUCCUCAAAGACCAGAGAGGUGGCCGAGAAGAUUUUAAAGAUGAUGAAAAGAGAUAAAGAAAAACCUCCAGUCUCUCCAGCAGGUGCAACAGAUACGUUAAAGUCUAAGCUGAAGGAGAAGUACCAGGAUGUGUCUGAGGGGAUCACUAAAGCAGGAAAGAAAACCCACCUGGAGCAGAUCUACACGGAGCUCUACAUCACAGAGGGAGGGACCGGAGAGGUCAACCAUGAACAUGAAGUCAGACAGAUUGAAGCAGCUUCCAGGAAACCAGACAGAGCAGAAACAGCCAUCAGACAGGAAGACAUCUUUAAACCCCCACCUGGAAGAGAUAAACGAAUCAGAACAGUGAUGACGAAGGGAGUGGCCGGCAUCGGGAAAACAGUCCUAACACAGAAGUUCAGUCUGGACUGGGCUGAAGGCAGAACCAACCAGGACAUCCAGUUCCUGCUUCCAUUCACCUUCAGAGAGCUGAAUGUGCUGAGAGAGGAGAAGUUCAGCUUGGUGGAACUAGUUCAUCGAUUCUUCUCUGAAACCAAAGGAAUCUGCAGCUUUGAAGAGUUCCAGGUCGUGUUCAUCUUUGACGGUCUGGAUGAGAGUCGACUUCCUCUGAACUUCCACAACAAUGAGGACCUGACUGAUGUUACAGAGUCCACCUCAGUGGACGGGCUGCUGACAAACCUCAUCAGGGGGAACCUGCUUCCUUCUGCUCGUCUCUGGAUCACCACACGACCCGCAGCAGCCGAUCAGAUCCCUCCUGAGUGUGUUGACAUGGUGACGGAGGUCAGAGAUAUGCUAAAGUCUAAUCUGAAGGAGAAGUACCUGCAUGUGUCUGAGGGGAUUGUUAAAGCAGGAAAGACAACCCUUCUGCAGCAGAUCUACACGGAGCUCUACAUCACAGAGGGAGGGACUGGAGAGGUCAACGAUGAACAUGAAGUCAGACAUAUUGAAGCAGCUUCCAGGAAACCAGGCAGAGCAGAAACAGCCAUCAGACAGGAAGACAUCUUUAAACCCUCACCUGGAAGAGAUAAACGAAUCAGAACGGUGAUGACGAAGGGAGUGGCCGGCAUCGGGAAAACAGUCCUAACACAGAAGUUCAGUCUGGACUGGGCUGAAGGCAGAACCAACCAGGACAUCCAGUUCCUGCUUCCAUUCACCUUCAGACAGCUGAAUGUGCUGAGAGAGGAGAAGUUCAGCUUGGUGGAACUAGUUCAUCGAUUCUUCACUGAAACCAAAGAAAUCUGCUGCUUUGAAAAGUUCCAGGUCGUGUUCAUCUUUGACGGUCUGGAUGAGAGUCGACCUCCUCUGGACUUCCACAAAUCUACAUUCCUCAGUGACCCCAGAAGGUCCACCUCAGUGGACGUGCUGCUGACAAACCUCAUCAGGGGGAACCUGCUUCCUUCUGCUCGUCUCUGGAUCACCACACGACCCGCAGCAGCCAAUCAGAUCCCUCCUGACUGUGUUGACAUGGUGACAGAGGUCAGAGGGUUCACUGACCCACAGAAGGAGGAAUACUUCAGGAAGAGGUUCAGAGAAGAGAAGCAGACCAGCAGGAUCAUCUCCCACAUCAAGACAUCACGGAGCCUCCACAUCAUGUGCCACAUCCCAGUAUUCUGCUGGAUCACUGCUUCGGUCCUGGAGAACGUCCUGAAAACCAGAGAGGGAGGGGGGCUGCCCAAGACCCUGACUGAGAUGUACAUCCACUUCCUGGUGGUCCAAGCCAAACUGAAGAAGGUCAAGUAUGACGGAGGAGCUGGGGCGGAUCCACACUGGAGUCCAGAGAGCAGGAAGAUGGUGGAGUCUCUGGGAAAACUGGCUUUUGAGCAGCUGCAGAAAGGAAACCUGAUCUUCUAUGAAUCAGACCUGAGAGGGUGUGGCAUAAAUAUCAGAAAGGCUUCAGUGUACUCAGGAGUGUUCACACAGAUCUUUAGAGAGGAGAGCAACACGUACGAGAACCAGGUCUUCUGCUUCAUCCAUCUGAGUGUUCAGGAGUUUCUGGCUGCUCUUCAUGUCCAUCUGACCUUCAUCAAGUCUGGAGUCAACCUGCUGGAGGAAAAAAAGAACAUCUUCUGGUGGUUUAAGACUGACCUCUACCAGAGUGCUGUGGACAAGGCCUUACAGAGUCCCAACGGACACCUGGACUUGUUCCUGCGCUUCCUCCUGGGUCUUUCAUUGGAGACCAAUCAGAACCUCCUACGAGGUCUGUUGGAACCAAAACAAAGAAGUUCACAGAACAAUCAGGAAACAGUUAAAUACAUCAAGAAGAAGAUCAGUGGGGAUCUGUCUGCAGAGAGAAGCAUCAACCUGUUCCACUGUCUGAAUGAACUGAACGAUGGGUCUCUGGUGGAGGACGUCCAACAGUACCUGGGGUCAGGACGUCUCUCCACAGAUAAACUGUCUCCUGCUCAGUGGUCGGCUCUGGUCUUCAUCUUACUGUCAUCAGGAGAUCUGGAGGAGUUUGACCUGAAGAAGUUCUCAGCUUCAGAGGAGGCUCUACGGAGGCUGCUGCCGGUGGUCAAAGCCUCCAAGAAAGCUGUGUUGAGUUACUGUAACCUCUCAGAAGACAUCUUUCCACUUCUGUCCUCAGUUCUCAGCUCUCAGUCCUCCAGUCUGACAGAACUGGACCUGAGCAACAACAACCUGCAGGAUUCUGGACUGGAGCAGCUGUGUCCUGGACUGGAGAGUCCACACUGUCACCUGGAGUCUCUCAGGUUGGAGAGCUGCAGUCUGUCAGAGAUCAGCUGUUCUUCUCUGGGCCCAGCUCUGAAGUCCAACCCCUCCCAUCUGAAACUUCUGGACCUGAGCAGGAACGAGAACCUGCAGGAUUCAGGAGUGAAACAUCUGAGUGGAUUUCUGGAGAGUCCAGACUGCAGACUGGAGACUCUGUGGUUGGAGAACUGCGGUCUGUCAGGGAUCAGCUGUUCUUCUCUGGGCCCAGCUCUGAAGUCCAACCCCUCCCAUCUGAAACAUCUGGACCUGAGUAAGAACCAGAACCUGCAGGAUUCAGGAGUGAAACAUCUGAGUGGAUUUCUGGAGAGUCCAGACUGCAGACUGGAGACUCUGGGGUUGGAGAACUGCAGGUUGUCAGAGAUCAGCUGUUCUUCUCUGGGCCCAGCUCUGAAGUCCAACCCCUCCCAUCUGAAACAUCUGCACCUGAGCAGGAACCAGAACCUGCAGGAUUCAGGAGUGAAACAUCUGAGUGGAUUUCUGGAGAGUCCAGACUGCAGACUGGAGACUCUGGGGUUGUGGAACUGCGGUCUGUCAGAGAUCAGCUGUUCUUCUCUGGGCCCAGCUCUGAAGUCCAACCCUUCCCAUCUGAAACUUCUGGACCUGGAUAACAACAACCUGCAGGAUUCAGGAGUGAAACAUCUGAGGGGAUUUCUGGAGAGUCCAGACUGCAGACUGGAGACUCUGAGGUUGGAGAGGUGCGGUCUGUCAGAGAUCAGCUGUUCUUCUCUGGUCUCAGCUCUGAAGUCCAACCCCUCCCAUCUGAAACAUCUGCACCUGAGUUACAACAAGAACCUGCAGGAUUCAGGAGUGAAACAUCUGAGUGGAUUUCUGGAGAGUCCAGACUGCAGACUGGAGACUCUGAGGUUGAGGAUCUGCGGUCUGUCAGGGAUCAGUUGUUCUUCUCUGGUCUCAGCUCUGAAGUCCAACCCCUCCCAUCUGAAACAUCUGGACCUGAGUGACAACAACCUGCAGGCUGCAGAUGUGAAGCAGCUUUCUGAUCUGGUGGACAGUCCAGACUACCAGCUGCAGGAUCUCUGGUGGAGAUGAUGAGAGUGUCCAGGACGGAUGAGUCGUGUCCUGAUCGUCCUCAGAGUUGAAGCAGAACCAGUUUGUGUGGACAAACUCUGACUGGACCGGGAUGAUGAUGAAGAUAAAGAUGAAGAUGAUGAUAAUGAUGAAGAUAAAGAUGAAGAUGAUGAUGAUGAUGAUGAAGAUUAAGAUUAUAUAUAUAUAUAUAUAUAUAUAUAUAUAUAUAUAUAUAUAUAUAUAUAUAUAUAUAUAUAUAUAUAUAUAUGUAUGUACAGUAUGUGUGUGUGUGUGUGUGUGUGUGUGUGUGUGUGUGUGUGUGUGUGUGUGUGUGUGUGUGUGUGUGUGUGUGUGUGUGAUGUAUAU